AGCAGAACACACACACGCGCGCACGCAGCCACACGCACACAGACAGUCACAGAGACACACAGCGCGCGGCAUGCGUUUGGUCUGACAGCAGCUCGUGAGAACAGUGAGCAGACAGUGAAGAUCAUGACCAGGUCUCUGAUGGAGGAGCAGGCCUCUCUGGAGUCCGAGGAGGAGCAGGAGCUCCGCGGCUCCGCCGAGGAGAUGGAGCCGAGCGCAGGAGGAAGAGGAGGAGGGGAGGAAGGCCUGCACCGGCUGGAGGACGACGAUGAGGAGGAAGAAGAGGAGGACGAGGAGGAAGAGGAGGAGGACGGAGAGAGCAAGCCCAAGAGGCGAGGGCCGAAGAAGAAGAAGAUGACCAAGGCGCGCCUGCAGAGGUUCAAGAUGCGGCGCAUGAAGGCCAACGCCCGGGAGCGGAACCGGAUGCACGGGCUGAACGAUGCACUGGAGAGCCUGAGGAAGGUAGUUCCCUGCUACUCCAAGACCCAGAAGCUGUCCAAGAUUGAGACGCUGCGCCUAGCCAAGAACUACAUCUGGGCCCUGAGCGAGAUCCUGCGUUCCGGCAAGGCUCCCGACCUCAUGAGCUUCGUGCAGGCGCUGUGCAAAGGUCUGUCCCAGCCCACCACCAACCUGGUGGCCGGCUGCCUGCAGCUGAACCCUCGGACCUUCCUGCCGGAGCAGACCCCUGAGCUGCCGCCCCACCUGCCCCAGGCCGGCGCCGCCUUCCCCGGACACUUCUCCUACCAGAGCCCCGGGCUGACGGCUGGCCUCCCCAGCCCACCGUACGGCAGCAUGGAGCCCUCCCACAUCUUCCACCAGGUCAAAGGUCAGCCCUACGGCCCGCUGGAGCCCUUCUUCGAUGGUGUGCUGGUGUCAGACGGCCCCGCCUUCGACCCCCCGCUCAGCCCGCCGCUCAGCGUCAACGGGAACUUCUCGUCCUUCAAACACGAACCGGUCGCCCCCGCCGACUUUGACAAGAGCUUCUCCUUCAGCAUGCACUACGGCGGAGGGGCGGGGGGGCACGCCGCCCUCUAUGGCGGGGGGUCCAACCCGCGGUGCGGUGAGCUGCAGAUGGACGGGCUGAUGGGCUUUGACGGACACUCGCACCACGAGAGGCUGAUGAACGCCCAGCUCAACGCCAUCUUCCAUGACUCCUGAGGAAGAGGAGGAGGAGGAGGAAGGACUGAGAGACUGAGGAUGAUGAUGGAGGAGAGACAAACAGGCAGACAGACGGCUGUUGCUCUCUGCAGAGCCUCAUACAGACAGAGUUCAUCUGGCUUGCUUCGUAACGUCACCAUGGUAACCUGUGCAGUUACUGUAGCAACGGACACCGGGUGCGAAAGCCCAUAUGGAUCUAUAGCACCGCUAGUUGUUAUAGCAACAGCCGUGACACUGGGGGCUCUGGAGCCAACAUGGCCAUCAUCACCAAACUCUGUCUGUGUAUGGCUCUGUGUCACUUCCUGGUUUGGUGAUGUCAUACUGAUGAUGUAAUAAUCUUCUUUCUAGCGCUUCGUUCUGCAGGAGAUGCUCUCUGAAUGUCUCGUUAUUAUUCAUAUUAUCACAGAGAAAUAAUCAAUAAGCAAUAAUCUGGAUUAAACUAUGCAAUUUUGAAACCCUUGAGUAAUACUUGGCCAAUAAUUACAAAUGCAAAUUAAUAAAGAUUUCUAUAUUUUUCAAUCAGUAUCUUCUACAGCGUCGGACUGAUGUCUUCAUGUUGUGGUGGCUUUUAUUUCAUUUGUUUUUCAUUUGUUUUUCUUUUGUUUUCCUUUUGUUUUUAUAAAGUUCUUGUAGCUCCAUUCAUAUUUCAUGUGAUUUAUGUUCAUAUUUUAUAAGAUAGAUGUUUAUAUUAAGGCCUUUUAUUAAAAGGAAUCCACUCUGA